AUGCGAAAACGCGCGCGGGCCGUCGAAUCGCAGAAGCUACGCCGCACAAUGAAGGGCCGUGGUGGCCGCAUGACAGAUCCAAUCAGAGACAGCAUCGCUACACCAAUCAUCUAUGUCCGCCUAAUGUUACUAUGGAUCGGUGUUAUAUCACUCGAUAUGCUGUGCGGAUUCCGUUUUGAGCUACUCUAUCCAUUUUGGCUCAUUCUACGCACCGGCUAUGAAGCCGUUCACAAAAAUCACAACGCUGUUGUCACGUUGGCAAAUCAUAAUACAGCGAAAUUCUCCGUGCUAUUCGUCUGUGUCACGGCUACAUCAGAUUUGAUCUGCUACUUAUUCAUACCAGUAAAAUUUUUGGUGUUUCUUGCCAGCACCUAUGUUUGGGUGCAUGUUAUUUGGCAUACACAUGGUGGCUUUCUGCGGACGUUAUCCGCCAUGAUUCACGAAAAGCAAUGUUUCUCUGCUCUAGUUUUUUGGAUAUUUAUUGUAGCGUUCGAGGCGGGAAUACGACUAAAGUGUUUUCAUCUUGAAAUUGUCGGUUCAGAUGUGCCGUUCCUCCAUUACCUCUGUCCAAGCUGUUUACAAACACAAGGAUUGGCACCAGUGAUACCACGGAGUUUAAAUUCAUUUUUCGGUGCGCACUGUAUAGGAUAUCCACUAGUCAUAAUCUCCUUCAGUCUGCGAUACUAUUUCAAGUUG